UUGUGUGGUGUCCAUGUCCUUAUAUAACACAUCUAUGACUCAAGUGUGAUACCAUAUCUCUCCAUCUCUCUCUCUCUCGUUUCAGAUUACACACCAAUCAUGGCAGCAUCAGCAACAUCAAAGCUCCUAGUAUCUGACAUCGCAUCCGUCGUUGAUCACGUUCCUUCAAACUACGUCCGACCAAUCUCUGACCGUCCAAACAUGUCCGAGGUUGAAACUUCCGGUGAGACAAUCCCUUUAAUAGAUCUUCAAGACCUCCAUGGACCCAAUCGAGCUGACAUCAUCAAUCAGUUUGCUCAUGCAUGUUCCUCUUAUGGCUUCUUCCAGAUCAAGAACCAUGGAGUACCAGAAGAAACAAUUAAGAGAAUGAUGAAUGUAGCGAGAGAGUUUUUUAAAAGACAACCAGAGAGCGAACGAGUAAAGCAUUACUCAGCAGAUACCAAAAAGACAACGAGACUCUCCACAAGUUUCAACGUGUGCAAAGAGAAAGUCUCUAACUGGAGAGACUUCCUUAGACUCCAUUGCUACCCUAUUGAAGAUUUCAUCAACGAGUGGCCCUCAACACCACUCUCUUUCAGAGAAGUCACAGCUGAAUACGCCACAAGUGUUAGAGCCUUAGUUCUGACACUUCUUGAGGCAAUCUCUGAGAGCUUAGGUCUUCCUAAAGACCGUGUAAGCAAAACACUAGGCAAACAUGGUCAACACAUGGCUAUAAACUACUAUCCACCAUGUCCUCAACCAGAGCUUACUUAUGGACUUCCCGGACAUAAAGAUGCAAACUUGAUCACUGUUCUACUUCAAGACGAUGUCUCUGGUUUACAAGUGUUUAAAGAUGAUAAAUGGGUUGCUGUUAAACCUGUUCCCAACACUUUUAUAGUCAACCUUGGUGAUCAAAUGCAGGUUAUAAGCAAUGACAAAUACAAGAGUGUUCUCCAUAGAGCGGUUGUGAACAGCGACAAAGAGCGAAUAUCGAUACCUACCUUCUAUUGUCCUUCUGAAGAUGCUGUGAUUAGUCCAGCACAAGAGUUGAUCAAUGAGGAAGAAGACUCUCCUGCUAUAUACAGAAGCUUUACAUAUGCUGAGUAUUUCGAAAAGUUUUGGGACACAGCAUUUGCUACUGAGAGUUGUGUUGACUCGUUCAAAGCUUCCACCAACUAAGAUAGUGCACUUUAGAAUCCAAUCAUCAGUCAUGUCUAUGUUGUGCUUUGGUUCUUGAUGGGAAGUUAAAACCCCAUUUUGUGUUGUCAUUUCAAAAUAAGUAGUUUACUUUAUUAAACAAAUCUGCUUGAGAAAUAAAACAAAAUUGUUCUUACAAUAUAUUUCAAUUGUAUUCCUUCCGUUUCAAUUUAAGUGAUGUUUAAGGUUUA